UCUGUUUCAACGAUAAAUCAACUCAGCAACGCAGUAACAUGGAAGGUCGUUUAAACUUCCGUAGUUUCGCGAAAAACGAGCAGAUACUUGACAGAAAACGCAGCAAAAAAUUACCACACAGCGAACAGCGACCCAUGACUGUUCAUCAGCAGAGGCUCUCUCAGGGGCGGUGCGCUUGCGCGGUUUAUCAGACCCAGGCUGCUGUGUGUUUACGUGUGAGUGCCUGUACAUACGUACGGUGGAAGCCCUAUUGUUAAAAACCAUUCGGCUGUGGGGUUAACCUUAAGCAUUGUGCAUUGGCUACCAUUGUACCAGCAGAUGUUGAACAGCGACACAAACGUUUAAUUUGUACAAUUUCAAGCAUUUGCUAUAUUGUAAAUGCUUUUAAUUCUUAAUAAAAGCUUUUUGCGUAAAAUUUCUAGCAUGCGCUAGUUUUAUACUUACAAUACCCGUUAUUGCGGAAUUAAGAUUUUAAAGGAUUAAUUCAAUUACCUUGUGAAGACAUAGGUCAACUGAAUACAUAUAUUAAUGGCUCUACUGCUAAAGUGGAACAAUAGAACAAAGGAAAUUCGACCCGCUAGUGUUUUGUUGGCUUCUGAAGAGCUGUGAGGCCUCUGUGCCAAUGUGUGUGUAGUGACCUAUGUAACAAAGCUUUCCUGUUGAAGAGGAAAUAAAAACACAACAGAUGUUAAUCAUGCAUUCAUGACGUGUGAAAGGCUCAGAAACAACGAUUGCCCUUGAAAGUGGAAUGCAUAAUGGACUAGAAGGCUACGUACGGUACGUGUCCACUGCUGUAGAUAAAUCUUUGUAACUCGCCGUCGAGUACACAAGUAAAAAUAUUGAUCACCGUGAUCGCUGAACUCGUGAUCGCUGGAUGUGCGUAGUGUUUGCUGAGCGUAUGGACAGACCCCUCCCCCCCGCAGCUGUGGGCGGAAGCACGGAUGGGUGCAUUGGUGGGGGGUGAGUCUGUGGACGGCUGUUGCGACUGCACUUAUGCAUAUUAAGUCAAAAUAUUUUCCAUGUUCGAAAAACUCGUGUUCAUUCGCUCCAUAUUCCUCCUGACACUAACAAUUAAGGAAAGGGAGAAAGUCACUGUGCACAUAAGUAAUUUGCCGAUUCUCGUCACUACUGUGCAUUUUUUUUUCUGCGCUCAGAUUUCUGUGUCCGCAGGAGUUGGUAAUUUUACACGCGUUAGAUCAAGUUCCGACACUUUCAUAAAAAAAGAUGGAGGAAAAAGUGACUACACUGUACAAACUCUGUUCCAUUCUUCUUAGGAAUAAGAAAGGACUAACACAAGUGGCUGAGUUUUGAAGGUCUGCCGCCUGUAUUCUGGAGAAAAAAUUAAUAGUGCGAAAAAAGCUCUAUUUGAAAUUGAGGCUUUUUGUCUGGGGACAAUCAGCUGUGGUAAAAGUAUUUAAAAAAUCACAACACACGCUUUGUUAUCAUUAAAUUUGUUAUCUCUGUAUUCUGGAGUCACGGGAUUUAAGUUCGUGGCCGAUGAUGUAACGCCGACUGUUUAUUGUGCACUUUAUCAGCCACUGAACUGGCUUCUCGGGCAGUAAUGACCGCACUCAGCUAAUCUUCAAGUGACAAAGGUCGCGUGAAUUGCCCCAGGGAUGGUGGUCAUGUGAUUUGCAACAGGCAGGUGUAGGCCUACAAGAUCGCGACUGCCGCCGAUCUAAGCGCUGCGUAAAACAACAAAAGCUGCGUUUACUUGUCACUUUAACCAGCAGUGAGGAUGGAUUACCGUCUGUUUCCUUCGCUUGUGUUCCUCGUGGUAUCCGCUGUCGCUUUACAGCCGUCCGUAAUUGCAGCCUCUGCGGCGUCGUGCAGUUUCCCGCCAGAGCUAUGGUGCACCUCGCCGGAAAUAUCCCGAGUCUGCGAAGUAGAGGCCCAAUGUGCCCAGUUUCAGCGGCCCACCAACGACGCCCCUUUGGUCAACUUCACCUUGUACUAUGAAUCCUACUGCCCCGGAUGUCAGAUGUUCAUCAACGGCCAACUUCACGACACUUACAUGGCUGUCAGUGAAAUAAUGAACUUGACGUUAGUUCCUUACGGAAACGCAAAGGAGAUGAAAAAAGGCUCAAAGUACGAGUUCACGUGCCAACACGGCGAGCGAGAAUGCCGCGGUAAUCUACUGGAAUCCUGCGUCCUGCACUUCGCUCCAUUCCCGACGGCCUUCAAGACUAUUUACUGUAUGGAGGUCACACACAACCCGGUGCCUAACGCCCAAGAAUGCAUUACGAAGUUCGGUUUGAACUACGAGCAAAUAGUAGACUGUGCAAAUGGCUCAUUGGGCAACUUUUUGGAGCACGAGAUGGCCCUGAAGACCAACGCACUGAAGCCACCUCAUAAUUAUGUACCUUGGGUCACAUUGAAUGGGGUGCACACCGACGCCAUUCAGCAGAAAGCUGAGUCUGACCUCAAGAAGCUGAUAUGCGACACUUACAGAGGGAACAAGCCACCUGCCUGCUCCCAGGAGAACACUCAACCUCGCUCCUACAUUUAGGAGCCCCUACUAUUCCUCUAAAUGUGCUUGGGCCAAUUUUCAACUAAUGACAUUGAUUUUUUUUUUCGAAAUUGUGGUCAAUAAUAUCAACCGUGGACUUGAAUAAAUAAAACAUGCCUCGGGGACAAUCAUAACUAAUUUAAAGUGUAGCUGCAAUGAAUUUUUAUUUUGCACAAUUUUUCUGCAUCUUUGUAAUCUUCUCCGUUGUAUGAAAAGUCUUUGCGCUAGAAAGUGCAUGUUUUUAAACAAUUAAAAUUAUCUAUGUAACUGAGGGCGCUGUUGCUGUGAAAUCAU